AUUUUCGGAAGAUGAAGACAAGUAGGAACUAUUGGCAAGGCUGCCUGAAAACUCAGAGCUAAAACCUCCUGGGAGUUUCCGAGAGCUCAACUGGAACCAACGGGCUCGUCCACGGGGACAGCACUGGGGGCAUCAUCAUGAUACCACAGCCCACGACCAGUGAGACUGUUGUCGUGCUCACAGCGAGUGGCAUCAACUUUCCGCACACAGAGAAACCCAAACCCACCAACCAGAGGCAGGACAGCCUGAAGAAAUAUCUAAAAUCAGAAGUCAAAGUUACUGGGACUAUCCAGAUCCUGAGUGGAGUGAUGGUGUUGAGCUUGGGGAUCAUUUUGGCAUCAGCAUCCUUCUCUGAACAUUUUACCUCAGUGUUUUCUAUCCUGUUGAAGUCUGGCUACCCAUUCACAGGAGCCUUAUGUUUUAUCCUCUCUGGCAUCCUAUCAAUCAUCACGGAGAAAAGGUCGACAAAGUCUUUGGUUUACAGCAGCCUGGCCAUAAGCAUCCUGAGCAUUCUGUCUGCUCUCCUGGGUUUCAUCCUCCUCUUUGUCAACCUGGCUGCUUUGGGUCCUGCUUCCCAGCAGUGCGAGUUGAACAUGACAUCUAUGCCAACCACGUAUUAUGGUUUUCCUUAUCAUUAUGCCUCAUAUGAAGAAAGGGACUGCCUCAUGGCCAAGGCAACUUUGACUGGAGCUUUGUCUUUGAUGCUGAUCUACACCGUGCUGGAGUUGUUCCUCGCUGUGCUGGCUGCUGUGCUUUGGUGGAAACAAGCUCAUUCUGACUUCCCCGGGAGUGUGCUUUUCUUGCCUCAGAGUUACAAGAAUAAAUAUAUGUCCUCAAAAGUGGCUGGUGGAUCUGGAUAUGAAGAACUGUUAACUUCUUAGGGAAAAAAUAAGAAGGAAAAUAUUCCAGAAAUUUAUUUUUCAGGAUAAUAUAGAAAAUCUAACCAUCACAGAAGAGAAAGUUUGAGCUCCCUAAAAUAUUGGCUUUUUAUAUAACAAGUAUUAAAAUAUUUUUGAAUAUUAGCAGUCUCUUGAUUUUUCCAAUACUGGCUUUAGCAAAAGCCCAGAGUUGUAAAUUAUUAUGUACUGGAGUAGUCAAAGAAUCACAUUCCUUCCUCAGAAAACUAGGCAGAAUGGUGAUUUAGUGGAAAAACAUUUUUUUGUACUCCUUAUAUUUCAA